AUGUUCCGGUUCACUUCACCACGUCCUGCCCUCGCUGCCACAAACCUGUGUGCUGGUGCGUACCUCGCGGUCUCGCGUUUCGCCUGGAGGGCCCCUUGCUCAGGGUCGCCCAGUGCAGGAAUGGCGGACAAGUUGCCUCCCUCGUCUUCCUCCUCCUUUUCUUCGGUCUUGUCUGCUCCAUCGUCGGCCGGCGCAUGCACGGAGGCUGCAACGCCACGUGCGAUUGCGUCUUCUCCAGCGAACGCGUGCUGUCGGCCUCCCAUUCGUCGCCCUCGCGCAAUUUCCUUUUCUGGUCAAGCCGAAGCGAGCGACGACCCUUCUCCUGACCCGCGCGGUCGGUCUAGCCCCUGGGAAGCAGCGAGCCCAUGCGCGUCGUCUACGCCGAUGUCGCACGCUAAUGCCAGCCUAGAGCACGACGAGGGUGAGGCCCUCGUCUCUGCCGCCUCAGCGCCUGCGGACGUCCAAGUGGCCGCGCGGCGGGGACCGGCAGCAAGCGACGGACGGGCUCGACAGCGGAUGCCUGCGUCAUGUUCUGUACCCUCUGCGAGUGCGGAGGACACGGCAGAGGGGGGGCACGCGCGGCGCGGAGUGCCGCCGCCGAAGGCUGAUGCCGGCAGUUCGUCGCGGACUGGGUCUCGGUCUUGCUCACACUGCGCCAGCAACGGCUCUGUGGGCGACUGGUGUGCGCAGUGCCCGCCCCAGUCAGGCCGCACGUUCGCUUCUCGCGUCGCGUCCGGGCGGGCGCCGCGGUCGCCGGGGCUUAUCCACCUCGCGGAUAACGCUUCACCCGUGCGGGCGUGCGCAUGUGGCUCAGUCCUUCGAGCGCGAAGUCCUGCGCGAACUCUGAAAGAGGCGCCCGCAGAAACCCUUCAUUUCGCCUCGUCGGUCGACGCGCUCUCGGAUGUCUUGCCCGGGAAUGACACAGUGGCGCGCCUCCCCGCGUGGAAGGGCGAGGGCUGCGCCUCGCCCAUGCCCAUGCCACAUUCGUUUCCCUGCUCUGCACCGGACGCCGUCAAACGCCCCCCGGUGCACCCGCAUAAAUAUUUUGUGUCCGGGGAGCGGCAUCCGCAAGGCGCAGCUCAGCCACUCUUGCCGCCCGCCCCGCCACUUCUGCUUUCGGUCCAGAGUCAGGGAGUGGCGCGGAGACGAUCCCUGGAAGAUGCAGGGUCAGCAGACUGUCCGUGGGCUGCGGCGAACUGCUGCAGCUACAGUCAAGCGGCCAAGUCACCCGUCCAGCCCACGCAUGCACGCCGCGUGGUCGUCCCGCACGAGUGCGCGCCCCCUGAACGACAGCGAAGCUUUCAGGCGUUCCUUGGCCCCAAGGGCACGUAUAAUGUUCUGCACAGGUGGCGAUACACGCACGGGUAUCUGGACCUAAUUCUGAACGACAGAUUCCACGCGAUUCUUGCCAUGAAGUGGGCGUACCUCGUCAUCCUCGUCUUCGCUGUCGUCUUUGGAUGGGCGGUCGUCUUAGCCGUUAUCCUGGCCGUUAUUACGGAAGGUGACGUUCAGAGGUGUCUGGGUCCCGAUGCGCAAGAUGUGCUUGACUUUUACUUUUUCGUUGUGGAAACGAUGUUCGCGAUCGGCUACGGCAGUCCCCGGGCGCCAACCUGCCGAGCGAGCAGUUUCUUUGUCACUCCCACUGUCGUAUCCGGCAUUCUGCUCAACUCCGUCAUCCUUGGAGUUGUUUUUCAGAAGUUCUCGGCGGCUUCAAAACGAAAAUGGGCCCUCGCGUUUUCCAAUUGUCUCGUUGGACGCAUGAGCCCGCUGCCGCACCAGCACGGACCCGCUUCUACGCUUGUCACGGACGACCGUCUCGCGAGUCGGGAGAUUUUGUACGGCAGUUUCCACGGGUCGGCACUGCCGGCGGAGGGCGGAAAGGGAAGUGACACCGGCGGAGGAGACGAAGAAAGUGGACCCUCAAGGCGAGUAGACUCUCAAACGCAGGGUACAGCAAUUGCCGUGAACGGGGAGCCUUGUGCGAGAUCUCCGCGUUGCGGAAGGAACACGCGAGAUCCUAUUCUUGCCGGCGAGAGCGACGCUGACCAGCUUCGAGAGAAACAGCAACCAGAGGGUGCUAAUGGAGGGAAUAGCAGCUGCAUUUCAGUGCCGUGUAGGCUAAUCAUGGAGACUGCGGGCCAGCAAGGUCGGCGAAACAGCACACAGAAAGAAGAGGCUGGCCGACGGCCUUGGACACUCUUGCGUGGAGCGCGGGGAUCGGUGCAAGGCGAGGAAGACAGGAUGCUAGCUGAGGGGCGCGCAGAAGCGGAACGGGAGGGCCCGAGUCUUGCGACACCGCUCCAAGAUAGUCCGAAGCCAGAGGCGAACCCGAGCCGGGAAGCGAGUGAACAGUAUGAGACAGAAGAACACGUGGCCUCAGAAGCACAGAGCACCAGCGACCAAAGUGAGGCUGUGCAUACGUACACUCGUCACGAAACAGACCGCGACAUGUCUCUCUCGGCGUCUGGUUGGGCGCGCCGACGAGCCAGUAGACAUACGGCGCAACCAGCCCAGACUGCUAGUUUGGGAAGCAGGGCACCUGGCGGGCCGCGGGAUGACAAGGCACAUGCAGCGGCACGAGAAGGAGAGCGGUUACCAACUUCUUCAAGCAGCAAGGCACUCGCGAAGGAGUGCUCACUGUCGGCUCGGCCGCUGUGUGUUUCCCUCGGUCGCCUCUUGUUCCCCGCAUGGAAGCAUUAUCGCCUUUCUUUCCGAGUGAUCAAUGUAACGCAUCACUCGUUCUUCAACCCGAAGCUGUGCCUCUACCUCUUGAAGCACAGUGAUCGCGGCCUCCGAAUUCGCCAGUUUCCGACGUACCGCACAGACACGCCUCUGGAGUUUCUGGAAAUGCCGAUUACUGUCACGGUAGACACGCGAGAUCGGGAUUCGCCAUUAAGGGAAGUGACGGCAGGCGAGCUCCAGACAGAAGGCGGUGCCUACGAGAUCCUUUCCCUUCUGUCGUUUACGGACAACCACACGUCUCGGCCGGUUGAGAUUCGUAAAAGCUGGAGCCUUCAGUCCAUCAACUGGGGAGAGGUGUUCUCACCUAUCGUGCGGCCGCCGUACAGCACCAUAACGUCCUCAGGCGGAUACGAAGUGUAUGUGGACUCCCUGAGUUCAACCGAGGUGAGCGCCUUCGUUUUCAUUUCCUAUAGUGCACGUGAGACCGAUCAAAAAUUCUAG